GGGCUGAGCUCCUCUUAUCCUUGCAUUCCUUCUCCUUCAUCUCUCUAAAAUCUUUCUCUGAGGGAGGAACAGCUAUAGCUUUGGCGCUGCUAUAGCUUUAAGGAAACUUUUGGCAGAUGCCAAUGUCCUAACAUCUGGGCAGUGUUAACAGAAUCCUGGAGGCCCGGACAGACCAAGAGCCACUCAUUCUAGGAAUGUUAAAAAGUAGUUUUUCCGACUGAAGAGAGGAGCAGAGAGGAAGGAGAAAGAGAAGAGCGAGUACAAAAAACCCAUACAUCAGAUCCUGCAUGUGUGCUUCCUCUCACUUUUGGAAGUUCACUGAUGUCUGAUUUCUGAAAGUCAUCCUCCUUUGCCUUGGUGCUCUGGCCACAUACCUCUGUUUUUGAGUCCCUAACCCUCUUCCCAUCCCUCCUCACCCCCUUUUCAAGGAUGGCCAUUCAACUAACUCGAAGAGGAGCUCUCUCUCUGUUGCUCUUCCUCACUCCAGCAGUGAUGCCAACAUGGUAUGCAGGCUCAGGCUACCACCCAGAUGAAAGCUACAAUGAAGUCUAUGCUGAAGAGGUCCCACAGACUCGCAUCCUAGACUACCAAGUCCCCCGAUGGUGUUAUACAUUAAAUAUCCAGGAUGGAGAAGCCACAUGCUACUCACCAAGAGGAGGAAAUUAUCACAGCAGCCUGGGCACUCGCUGUGAGCUUUCCUGUGACCGGGGCUUUCGACUGAUUGGACGGAGAUCCGUGCAAUGCCUGCCAAGCCGCCGUUGGUCUGGAACUGCCUACUGCAGGCAGAUGAGAUGCCACGCGUUGCCAUUCAUCACGAGUGGCACCUACACGUGCACAAAUGGGGUGCUUCUUGACUCUCGCUGUGACUACAGCUGUUCCAGUGGCUACCACUUGGAAGGCGACCGCAGCCGAAUCUGCAUGGAAGAUGGGCGAUGGAGCGGAGGAGAGCCUGUAUGUGUAGACAUAGAUCCCCCCAAGAUCCGUUGUCCCCACUCCCGUGAGAAGAUGGCAGAGCCGGAGAAACUGACUGCUCGAGUAUACUGGGACCCACCCCUGGUGAAAGACUCUGCUGACGGCACCAUCACCAGGUUGAUACUUCGGGGCCCUGAGCCUGGCUCUCACUUUCCAGAAGGAGAACACGUGAUUCGUUACACUGCUUAUGACCGAGCCUACAACCGGGCCAGCUGCAAGUUCAUUGUGAAAGUACAAGUGAGACGCUGCCCAACUCUGAAACCACCACUGCAUGGCUACCUCACCUGCACCUCAGUGGGGGACAACUAUGGUGCCACCUGUGAAUACCACUGUGAUGGAGGGUAUGAGCGCCAAGGGACCCCCUCCCGGGUCUGCCAGUCCAGCCGCCAGUGGUCAGGAUCACCACCCAUCUGUGCUCCUAUGAAGAUUAAUGUCAAUGUCAACUCAGCUGCUGGCCUUCUGGAUCAGUUCUAUGAGAAACGGCGACUCCUCAUCAUCUCAGCCCCCGAUCCCUCUAACCGAUAUUAUAAAAUGCAAAUCUCUAUGCUACAGCAAUCCACUUGUGGACUGGACCUGAGGCACGUGACCAUCAUCGAGCUGGUGGGGCAGCCACCUCAGGAAGUGGGGCGCAUCCGGGAGCAACAGCUGUCAGCCAAUAUCAUUGAGGAACUCAGGCAAUUUCAGCACCUCACUCGCUCCUACUUCAACAUGGUGUUGAUUGACAAGCAGGGAAUUGACCGGGAACGCUACAUGGAACCUGUCACCCCCGAGGAAAUCUUCACGUUCAUUGACGACUAUCUACUGAGCAAUGAGGAGCUGAUCCAGCGCCGGGAACAAAGAGACAUGUGCGACUGAACUUGAGUCGGAGCAUGGUUGAGGUCAAGGGAAAAUGUUCCCUGGUCAGCCAAAACUGGGGCCUAAUCAAAGGAGAAAAUGCUUUCCCACAGCUCUGAGGAAAGGACUCUAAGGUGGGUGAGGUUCCCUGAUCCUGGGACAUUUCCAGACACCUUUCCUCAAGCAAGUCUCUGCUUUACGUAGCACUGGAAGAGCAUAAGAAGCUAGGGAGGGACUGAGGACAGGCCCUGGGCAGCAGCUUGUGGAUAGAAAGUCUUGCUUCUGCCCAGCUCUCUAAAAUCUUUCAGAGAAGUAAAUUCUAAAUUCACUCACUAA